ACUAUUUGAGAUAACAAGGGGUGAGGUGGUUGGUUAAUUGUGGCGCGGGACUUAUCCAGAGAAAGAAUUAUAGCGAACUUCUAAGCAUAGCAUAGCAGAGUAGAAAGAAACUGAACAAGAAUUAGAAAUGCAAUCACAUUAUUCACUCCAUUCCUUUCCGAAACCAUUCCCUAUCGCAUCAUCCUCUUCUUUUAUCUUUCGUUCUAACACCAUCUUCACUCUCCAAUCCUCAUCUUUCUCCACCUCACUUCUCUCUUCUCCUCCUCUUCGCUGCAAUCUCAAUCUACCACCGCGCAUUCUAAGGGACACCAAGGGAUUCGCGAGUUCUUCCGAUGAUUCUAGUGCCGAAAACUCCGAUUCUGGAUGUCAAUUGGCAACACCGAUUGUUUCUUCCGAUCGUGAUAAUGGAUCUGUUGGACUUGUGAAGUUUAUGCUGUUCUUUGCGUUCCUCACAGUUCGAGAUUCUUAUCCCGCUGCUGCUGCUUCUGAGUUUGCUACUGGUUUGAUUUCAAUUCCUAUAUUUGGAGAUGUCGGUGACUUAAGCACAGGUUUUGCUUCAGCUUUUUUGCUGAUAUUUUUCUCUGAACUGGGAGACAAGACCUUUUUCAUUGCAGCACUGUUAGCAGCUAGGAAUUCAGCUGGUGUUGUUUUCGUCGGGACAUUCGGUGCACUUGCGGCAAUGACUGUCAUAUCUGUCGCUCUUGGACGAACAUUUCAUUAUGUUGAUGAAAUCCUUCCGUUCAGGUUUGGACAAACUGAUUUACCUAUUGAUGAUAUUGCUGCUGUUUGCCUAUUGGUGUACUUUGGGGUCUCUACCUUGCUGGAUGCCUCGUCUAGUGAUGGCCAAAAAUCAGACGACGAACAGAAGGAGGCAGAGUUGGCAGUUUCUGAAUUUUCUGGAAAUGGUGCUGGGAUAGUAGCUGCUGCUAGCACAAUUGCCAGCACUUUUCUCUUAGUAUUUGUUGCUGAGUGGGGUGAUAAAUCAUUUUUCUCUACAAUUGCCCUAGCAGCAGCUUCUUCACCCCUGGGAGUCAUAGCUGGAUCACUGGCCGGUCAUGGUGUUGCAACUUUGAUAGCCGUACUUGGUGGCACUUUAUUGGGGACAUUUUUGUCGGAGAAGGUUAUUGCCUACGUUGGAGGUGUUCUCUUUCUCGUUUUUGCUGCAGUAACGGUGUUUGAAAUUGUCCAGUAGAUCUUUCAAGAAGUGCAGUAUAAGUUCUAUUCAAAGGCAGCAAGAAUGUACUGACUUUGUUCAUGGCGGAUGUAGAGAAAAAUACUUAAUCAUUUGUAUAGUUAUCUCCUUUCAUUGUAAUUCUAAUAAAUUAUGUCCAGUUAGUUAUUAAAAAAUAUUAUUUUAUUUUUAGAGAAA